CCCAUGAAAUCUUAAUUUGAUUCAGACACACACACACACACAGGCCACGUUCAUCUUCAUCUUCUUCUUCUUCAUUCAAUCACUAAUUCCUUCCUAUACAAUCUUAUACUAGAGACCCUCCCUGGUGGUAAGGAAGUAGCUAGCUAUAGCUAGGAGACAAUCAUCAAACAAUGGCUGCCGCUUCGCCAAUGGCCAGCCAGCUUAAGAGCAACUUCGCAUCAUCCCUUACAAGGGGACUGCUCUCUCCAAAUGGUCUCUCGGGAGCUCCACUGAGGGUCUUGCCUUCCAGGAGAAAGCCUUGCUUCACUGUCAAAGCUGUUCAGGCAGACAAGCCAACUUAUCAAGUGAUUCAACCCAUUAAUGGAGACCCCUUCAUUGGAAGCCUAGAGACACCAGUAACAUCAAGCCCAUUGAUCGCUUGGUACCUCUCCAACCUGCCGGCCUACCGGACGGCAGUCAACCCACUUCUCAGAGGUGUUGAGGUGGGGCUUGCCCAUGGCUUCCUCCUUGUUGGACCCUUCGUCAAGGCUGGGCCUCUACGGAAUACAGAAUACGCAGGAGCAGCAGGAUCUCUAGCUGCAGGAGGCCUAGUUGUGAUACUGAGCAUUUGCUUGACCAUGUAUGGGAUUGCAUCCUUCAAGGAAGGCGAGCCAUCCACCGCUCCAUCACUGACCUUGACGGGAAGAAAGAAGAAGCCUGAUCAGCUGCAGACUGCAGAUGGCUGGGCCAAGUUCACUGGAGGCUUUUUCUUUGGAGGCAUCUCCGGAGUCAUCUGGGCUUACUUCCUCCUCUAUGUCCUAAACCUUCCUUACUUCGUUAAGUAAUAAAGUAGGCAUUUGAUUUUAUCUUCUCUCUCUCUCUUCAUGUAUCAUCGAUCUUUUUAAUUAAUUAAUACCUGCUUAUUCAAUUCUCAAAGGACAUGGGAUAUUUGUAUA